AUGAACCCAAAUCAUUUAGAUCUAGAUGAAAUAGAAGAUAACAUUAAGCAAAUGUUUACCAUACAAAAAUUAUUAGGUAAAGGAUCUUAUGGUUGUGUAUUUUCAGCUAUAGAUGUUCAAACUAAAGAAUAAGUAGCCAUAAAAAAAGUAAAAAUAUAAAAUAAAAAUUUCUCAGAUAUUUAGGGCAUUUCGAAAUUAAACCGAUGCUCAAAGAACCUUUAGAGAAGUAUGUUUUCUUCAUUAAUUAUUUGAUCAUGAUAAUAUCAUUCGAUUAAGAAAGGUUAUAAAAUCGUAAAAUCCAAACGAUCUCUACUUGAUUUUUGAUUUUAUGGAAGCAGAUCUUUAUAUGGUAAUUAUAAAAAAUAUUUAGGCAAUUCGUAAGAAAGUUUUGUAACCUAUACAUUUCUAAUAUAUAAUUUACUAAAUUUUGAUUGCUCUCAAAUAUUUACAUUCUGGAGGACUAAUACACCGUGAUCUUAAACCUUCAAAUAUUCUUAUAAACAGGCAUAGCAUAAUAAAAUUAACCGAUUUUGGAUUAGCUCGUUCUGUUUAAGAAUUAGAUGAGAGUAUAAUUUUUUAAAUCUUUUUAAAGCCAUUUAAAUUAUGACCGAAAAUGUUGCUACAAAAUCAUAUAGAGCUCCAGAAGUUCUUUUAGGUUCUAGAAACUAUUCCUAUCCAGUAGACAUGUGGAGUGUAGGUUGUAUUUUAUGGGAGAUGAUUAAUAAUAAAGUUUUAUUCUAAAGAGGAAACUAAAACAUAAUAAAAAAUAUCAUUGAAUUUCUGGGAAUCCCUAAUGAAAAUGAUAUCCUAUCUUUUUAAACUUAACAUUCUAAUGAUAUAAAAAGAUAUAUUUCUUAAAUUUCAGAAGAUUAAACUAAUUAAUUUUAAAAAAUAUUUGAUUAAAUUGAUCCACAAGAUCCAUUAGCAUCAGCUUAUGAUUUUAUAUAGUAAUUUUUAUAUUAAUUGUUUAUUAGAAAAUGUUUAAGAUACAAUCCUAACAUGAGAAUGACUGCUGAAGAAGCUUUAGAACAUCCAUAUAUAUUACCUAUGAGAUAAAUGUGUAAAGAGUAAUAUAAUGGUAAUUAUAGUUAUCAAUAUAUAUUUAGAUGUUUAAUUUAUUACUUUAAAGAAUGAUAAUAUUAAAUAUUCAGUUAAAGAAUACAUAGAUACUUUAGAUGAUUUUCUUAAUUAUCAAGAUGGUGAUAUUUACAAAUACUAUGAAUAAAUGUAAAGGAGACUUAUCAAAUCUGUUGAUGAAGUUUAAUAAGAAGUUUCCGAACCUUAAUAAUAAAAUAAUUAGAAAAUUAAUACGUAGUAGUAUGGACCUCAUAUGUAAAUUUUAAGUGUUAAAAUUGCUUAAUAUAAUAAUCUAUGCUUAUUUUAACCUGUUAAUAACAAAAAAAAAUCGUUUUGUUUAAAAGAAGAUGAUAAUAAUAAGUUUAAUAAGCUUAUUGCUGAUAGUCCUUAUUAAUAAGAUUAGAAAGAUAAAAGUAGAAGAUAAUCUCUUUUAACUAAUAUAUCCUAAUGUUCUAGUCCUUAUAUUUAAUAUCCAAAUAAGUUGAAUUAAUAGUUUCAGUUCUAGUAAUUAUGA